GUAGGAGGCGGUGGCGGCGGCGGCGGCGGCGGCGGCCGGGGAGUGCCGAGUGCGGGCUCGGGGCCCCUGCGGAGGGCAGGAGAAGUUGUCUUCUUUCCUUUCCCGAAGAGGCUGUAAAGCCGGUGGCUGAGCGGCACGAUGAAUUUCCUCCGCGGGGUGAUGGGGGGUCAGAGUGCCGGACCCCAGCACACAGAAGCCGAGACGAUUCAAAAGCUUUGUGACAGAGUAGCUUCAUCUACUUUACUAGAUGAUCGAAGAAACGCUGUGCGUGCUCUCAAAUCAUUAUCAAAGAAAUACCGCUUGGAAGUGGGUAUCCAAGCUAUGGAACAUCUAAUCCAUGUUUUACAAACAGAUCGUUCGGAUUCUGAAAUAAUAGGUUAUGCUUUGGACACACUAUAUAAUAUAAUAUCUAAUGAUGAAGAAGAAGAAGUAGAGGAAAAUUCCACAAGACAGAAUGAGGAUUUGGGAAGCCAGUUUACAGAAAUUUUUAUUAAGCAGCAAGAAAAUGUCACCCUCCUGUUAUCCUUAUUGGAGGAGUUUGAUUUCCAUGUUCGGUGGCCUGGUGUGAAGCUGCUUACUUCACUUUUAAAACAAUUAGGGCCUCAGGUGCAACAAAUUAUUUUAGUUAGCCCCAUGGGUGUUUCAAGACUGAUGGACUUACUAGCAGAUUCCAGGGAAGUUAUACGUAAUGAUGGUGUCUUACUACUGCAGGCACUGACAAGAAGUAAUGGAGCAAUCCAGAAAAUUGUUGCUUUUGAAAAUGCUUUUGAGAGACUACUGGACAUUAUUACAGAGGAGGGGAACAGUGAUGGAGGUAUAGUAGUUGAAGAUUGUUUGAUUUUGCUCCAAAACUUGUUGAAAAACAACAAUUCCAAUCAAAAUUUUUUUAAAGAAGGCUCAUAUAUUCAGCGUAUGAAACCUUGGUUUGAGGUUGGAGAUGAAAAUUCUGGCUGGUCUGCACAGAAAGUGACAAACCUACAUCUAAUGUUACAGCUUGUUCGCGUACUGGUAUCCCCCACCAACCCUCCCGGUGCUACCAGCAGCUGCCAGAAGGCUAUGUUCCAGUGUGGGUUGUUGCAGCAGCUUUGCACCAUCCUAAUGGCUACUGGAGUUCCUGCUGAUAUCCUCACCGAGACCAUAAAUACUGUAUCAGAAGUUAUUCGAGGUUGCCAAGUAAACCAAGACUACUUUGCUUCUGUAAAUGCACCGUCAAACCCACCAAGGCCAGCGAUUGUAGUGCUUCUCAUGUCCAUGGUAAAUGAAAGGCAGCCGUUUGUCUUGCGAUGUGCUGUUCUCUAUUGUUUCCAAUGCUUCUUAUAUAAAAACCAAAAAGGACAAGGAGAGAUUGUGUCAACACUCCUGCCUUCCACCAUUGAUGCAAUGGGAAACUCAGUUUCAGCUGGUCAGUUACUAUGUGGAGGUCUGUUUUCUACUGAUUCACUUUCAAACUGGUGUGCUGCUGUGGCCCUUGCCCAUGCUUUGCAAGAAAAUGCAACCCAGAAAGAACAAUUGCUCAGGGUUCAACUUGCUACGAAUAUCGGCAACCCUCCAGUUUCCUUACUGCAACAGUGCACCAACAUCCUAUCACAGGGAAGUAAAAUACAGACAAGAGUUGGAUUAUUAAUGUUGCUUUGUACGUGGCUAAGCAACUGUCCCAUCGCAGUAACACAUUUUCUUCACAAUUCAGCCAAUGUUCCAUUUCUUACAGGGCAAAUUGCAGAAAAUCUUGGAGAAGAAGAGCAGUUGGUCCAAGGCCUGUGUGCCCUUCUACUGGGCAUUUCAAUUUACUUCAAUGAUAACUCACUUGAGAGCUACAUGAAAGAGAAGCUAAAACAAUUAAUAGAGAAGAGGAUUGGCAAAGAGAACUUCAUAGAGAAACUAGGAUUCAUUAGCAAGCAUGAGUUAUAUUCCAGAGCAUCUCAGAAACCCCAGCCAAACUUUCCCAGUCCAGAAUAUAUGAUAUUUGAUCACGAAUUUACAAAGCUGGUAAAAGAACUUGAAGGUGUCAUAACUAAGGCAAUUUAUAAAUCCAGUGAAGAAGAUAAAAAAGAAGAAGAAGUAAAGAAAACAUUAGAACAACAUGACAGUAUUGUGACCCACUACAAAAAUAUGAUUCGAGAACAAGAUCUACAACUUGAAGAGUUAAAGCAGCAAGUUUCUACCUUAAAAUGUCAAAAUGAACAGCUACAGACAGCAGUCACACAGCAAGUAUCUCAGAUUCAACAACACAAGGAUCAGUAUAAUCUUCUUAAAGUACAGCUAGGAAAAGAAAAUCAGCAUCAAGGUUCUCACAGUGAUGGAGCUCAGAUGAAUGGCAUUCAGCCAGAAGAAAUUGGUAGAUUGCGAGAAGAGAUAGAAGAAUUAAAAAGUAAGCAGGAACUUUUACAGAGCCAACUAGCUGAAAAGGACUCUCUGAUUGAGAAUUUGAAAUCUUCCCAAACAUCUGCUGGCAGAAGUGAACAGUCUUCUGCAACAGCUUCAGCUGGGGAUUCUGAAAAGGUUGCAGAAUUAAAAGAGGAACUGGCAACAUUAAAAUCUCAAUUAAAUUCACAAUCUGUGGAGAUCACCAAACUACAAACAGAAAAACAGGAGCUGUUACAAAAAACAGAAGCAUUUGCAAAAUCAGUUCCUGUGCAAGGAGAGGGUGAAACCCCUGCUGCUACUAACAGUACUGACGUGGAAGGAAGACUGUCGGCGUUAUUGCAGGAGACUAAAGAACUAAAGAAUGAAAUUAAAGCUUUGUCUGAGGAAAGAACUGCUAUUAAAGAGCAGUUGGAUUCGUCUAACAGCACCAUUGCCAUUUUACAAAACGAGAAAGACAAACUAGAGUUGGAAAUCACUGACUCCAAAAAAGAACAAGAUGAUCUCUUGGUGCUGCUGGCUGAUCAAGAUCAGAAAAUACUGUCUUUGAAGAAUAAACUCAAGGAUCUUGGUCAUCCAGUUGAAGAAGAGGAUGAACUUGAAUCUGGAGACCAGGAAGAUGAGGAUGAUGAAACUGAAGAUAGUGGCAAGGACCAGGAUCAGGGCUACCUUUAAAAUCCCUAGGGAUGGUAGAGAUCAUAUUGUAACUCAGAAGGUAGAAUCCUAACAGUGCUUUGGUUUGCCUCCACAAGAAAAUAAAGAUUUAGAAACCAAGUGGAAAAUACUCACUAAUAAGGCUAUUGAUGUAUUUUUUAAAGGUUGCCACCCAUGUUGAAAACCCUAAAACUCUUAGCUUUAUGCAGAACACACAUCUUAUAUUUAAAUUCAUCUGAACUAUCCUAAAAUAUAAUUUGCAUAGAAUUUCAGACACCAAAAAUAUACCAUUUGAAGGCAUGUGGUGGCAGUGCUAUUUGCCUUAGUUCAUUGGUUGCUUUCUUUUCAGAACCUAUGACUAUGUACUAACACAUUUUGAUUUAAUAUAUAUUGAAUGGGAAUCAUUUCUAAAUGCAACCUUUGAGUUCUUAGCUGAUGAUGGUUUCCUUUUCAAGAAAUGCUUUUACAUAAAGGCAGGUUAACGUGGCCUGGGGGUGGUGCAGAUCCCCGCCGUCCGUCAGAGCAGGGGAGGCCAGUGCAGCACAGGGUUCUUCCAGCUGACCGCGUCCUGUGGCCAGUGAGGAACGGAAGGGUGCUAGCACAGCGAUGUGGAGGGUGGUUCCGAGAAGCUCUGGCAACAGUGUGUUAACAUGUUUGGUUUCUUUUUUAUUUUAAGCUAAACAUCAAAAGCAAAAUUACAAGUUAACAGCUCACACAGCUCAGAUUUAGUACUGUUAAUUGAUUAUCAUCAAACAUAUUCUGUUUCUAGUUUUAAAAAGACCCAAACUAUGAUUUAUAUAAUUUAUUGGCAUUUGUGCUGAAUAGGUUUAAGUCAGAUAAUAGAUUUUUAAAAAGCAAAUGAAGCGAUGUGUCAAAAUUUAAUGUUUUCGUAAUAAAAAUAGAUAAUAUGUUCACUUA